UGACAGAAAUAUCAUAUGGCACGUGUUUUCUUUAAGGUUAUAAUCUAUUACGAGAUGGCCAUUGUGACAUGUCGCUUUCCAUUAAGCACGAUGAUAAAUUUAGAAAAUUAAAUCGAGCGUAAGAGGGAGUAGGACAGUGCUUCGAUAAUUUCACUUUUUUAAAGUGUCAAAAUUUGAAGAAAUUAUUAAAUGUGCAAACAGUGGUUUUAAAAUCGAAAGUAGAAACCGGUUUAAGCAAAACUUCACAAUGGCUUCUAGAAUAUUUCAGGAUUCAAACAAAAACAAUGCAGGAGACUUUAUUGGCGAAAGUACAGUGACACAAUCAUGUGAGCCUUGUAUGAAAACCAACAUAUCAAAAGCUGCAACGGUUUUCUGCAAGGAUUGUGAUGAAUUUUUAUGUGAUACGUGCAAAAAUCCGCACAUCGUGUAUAAGACAGGUCAGCAUAACAUUGUCAAUAUAAAGGACAAUAAAUCUGCGCCCGAUAUAAUCGACAUGAAAGGAAUUGACAAGUGUCACAAGCAUGAGCGAGAAAUAGAGUUUUUCUGUCAGGAUCAUUCUAAGCUGUGUUGCAGUUCAUGCGUUCUCAUUCACAGGAAAUGUGACCAAGUGGAUGAAAUAGCCAAAGUAUCCAGACAAGCACGACCUGAGCUUCAAGCAUUAAAACAAACGUUGAUAAAAUUGCAAUCCGAGGCUGACGCUAUUAUAGCGGAUUGUGAGCAGUCGGAAACUGACGUAAAUGAGUCCUUUGCAAAGAUAUCUUCAGAAGUGGAUGAAAUGAGAGAUCGUAUCAUACAACUAUUUGAAGACGCAAAGCAGAAAUUUAUUACUGAAGCAAGCGAAUUAAAAACUGCUGAAACUAAAACAAUUGGGAAUAAACGUGACGCCUCGUCCAAAGUUAAGGACGAAAUAAGUAAAGUUUUGUCAAUGUGUUCUGUCGUUUUAGAAAACGGAACGCCCAGUCAACAAUAUAUUUAUUCGGACAGUAUCAAGGAGAAACGUAAAACAAUUGAAUCAAUCAUAUAUGACCAAAGAAAGAUUAAAGAUGCAUCAACAGUUACAGUGUCUUUUUCAAAAGAGCUGACUUCUUUCCUUGAGAUGGGAAGCAAUUUCAUACAACUGAAUUAUGAUGGCAACAAGACAGUGAAGACCAGUCCCAUUAACUUAUCAUCCCAACCAAGGCCGGUUAAUCUGAAGCUGCUCGUAUCCGUGGAUCUAACAAAGACUGGAGAUGAUGAUAAGGAGCCUCUCCUCACUGGACUGGACUUCCUGCCGGACGGGAGACUGGUAGCCGUGGAUAACGCCAACAAGAAAUGUAUACUACUGAAUGAGCGACUACAGAGACUCGGAACACCGUACAAGUUCAAUAUUAACCCCAUUGGCGUAGUAUGUAUGUCUCAUGAUACACUGUGUGUAACUAGUGGUAAAAAAGUACUACUCCUGUCUGUGAGUACAGGCAAUACCAUCAUACUGACGAGGGAGAUCAGCGCAUCAUCCAUGUUCUUCUCUAUAUGCCCCAUGUCUCCGUCUCACAUGGUCGUGAGUACGUUCGAUAAUCCCCACCCUGCGGUAAUAAUAUCACUGCAAGGUGUAGAAUCUGACUUUGAGCACGUAACGUUUCAUGACAAGAAGUACAAACUAAAUGAGAGUAGGUGCACGUAUGUCCAGUCUAAGAACACGCUAGUACUUACUGACACACUCGCUCACACAGUGUACAUGUACGACACCGUGAAGGGCACGUCUAGAGCUGUCACUGAUAGGAACAUACAGGAACCUCGUGGUGCCUGUGUAGGACCUGGUGGCACGUUGCUGGUGUGCAGUUCGCGGAAGAACUCCAUCGUGCACCUCACUGUAGAUGGUAGCCUACUCGGAUCCUACCCAGUGGAUAUGAAGUGGCCGCACACCAUAUGUGUGUCUAAGGAUGGCACUAGGAUGGCUGUGUCUGGCUGCUCUGAAGGCGCCAAGAAACUUCAGCUGUUUAAGAUAUCACCGGCGAUGAGUUAGGUGACUAGUAAGACAUGAUCCAUGAGAUCAUUCUAUGAACUACUAACCUAUAAAAUAGAAAGGUGCGUGUAUGAGGAUGUUUAAUCAAUACUGUAUACGUUUCGAUUGAUUAAAAUUGAAUUGUGUUGUUAUUAUUUUUAUCGCACCAGAAUUAAAGCUGCCUAUGUAUUGUGUAUUUACCAUUAUUCAACAUUUGUUUUAAAACAAUUAAAAAUAACGUCUUUGUUUACAAUAAGUUUCAAUAACUUUAAAUACAUCUCGGAUGUUUUACUAUUUUAAUUCCCAUUAAAUGCAACUUACCUGAUGUGUAUCAGGUUUCCAGAUAUACAUAAUACGGUAUACUAAUGAUCACGUUAAAAUGUUACAUAUUUCUGUUAUUUCACUAUGCUCUUUAGUUUUAGUUAAGCGCGUUUGAUAUUUGUCAAUGUAUAUUAAUUUUUGGCCUAUUAUGCAUUCAAAGUUUGCGUACUUGCACUAUGCAGCGGAAAAAAACGCUCCAUUUGUUUUCGGAUACAAUAACCGUUGCAUUUUGAUCAUAAAACUGUUUAUUGUAAUUGUGAUUGUUUACAUAAGCGGAUAAAAUAAACAACAACGAACGUAUAAACAAAACGUAUUUUAUUGAACAUAACUAUGUAUAUGUUUUCCUACCGUCACGAUCGUUAUGAAAGUCAUUCAAAAUAUUUUUUAGAAUACAACUUAUCUAAGUUCUAUACAUGUAAAAAAAGUCAGAAAGAAUUUAAUUUCCAGUGUGUCACGUUUGCCUGUCAAUAGCCUUAUUAACCUUUUUUGUUCGGGUGUAAAGAACACUAUAAAAAGCUAUUAAUUU